AUGAGAUCUACACUUAUUUUCCUAAUCUUUGUGAACAUUUUAAAUUGUUCUAUUAUUGUUCCGAAAAUUCGAAUCACAUGUAAUCAAGAAAAUGUGGCUUUUGCUAGAGUUUUUAUUUAUGAGCACGAUGAAAAUGACGAGGAUGGUAAGCAUUUUUUUAUUUAUUUAUUUAUUAUUUUUUUCAUCAAAACUUUUAAUUGGAGCUAGAAAUAAUUUAUUCCACGUUCAAAGAUCAUUUUGCAAAAUAAGUUGAACCUACUAAUGAAAAAUAGAAAAGAGCAAAAAAACAACAAAUAAUUGAAGGUUUUGAUUUCAGUACUUCCUGCCGAAAAAACAUUUUCGAAAACAAAUUCUGAAGGAAUUAUCGAAACUGAUGUUUUGAAACAUAUCAAUUCAAAUCAUAUUCAUUUGAAAAUCCGCGACACGUGUCAAUUGGAAAAUGAAAUCGAAAAUAUUCGAUGCAACAUUCCCUACAACGAAUAUUUUGUGCCUUUGAGAUUGUUCCAUACGAAAGAUGGGAGAAAUGAGAUUUUGCUGAAUUUGGCGGACAAGAAAUAUGAGCAAUAUCGAAUUAUUAGAUGUUUGUGA